UUCCUUUAUAUUAUUGAUAAAUUUCCACAGAGAUUGUAAAAUGUUCUCUUUGUAGGUUUCUUUUAACGAAUAAUGCAAUCAAGUGCAAAAUUUUAAAAAUUAAUGGAAACAUUGGCAUGCAUUCUAAUAAAUUUCGAGUAAUAAAUAAAUUAAAAAACUGUGCUAACGAAUGGGUACAGAUAAAAUCAAACUCUAAACAUCAACCAAAUCAGAGACUAAAAAAUGUCAGGGUCUAUACAACACAAAUCACAAAUGGAUUUAAGACUUUUAAGCCAAUUAAAAUGGUCUUUGAUAAAUCUUUGAUAUUGCAUCGCUACAAAUCUAGUAAUCAGAAUGAUGUAACAAGGGAGCUACUUCAAAUCAAGAUAUAUCUUUCCAUGUUGAAGGAUCCCCAUUUAAAAUAUCAAUAUUUGCUGAGUCUAAGUAAUCGUGAUGAGGAUCUAUAUAAUCGUUAUGUGAGGCAAAAUGUUCCUGAACUUUUGAGCAUUAUACGUGCAAUCAGUGAAAAUGGAAACGCUUCGAAUCAUCGUCCCUUGGGUCUAAAGAAAUUAAAUAAGGUUAGUCAAAUGAAUUUGUCACCCACAGCAGAUAGUCCCCUUAAUGUUGUGGGAUCAUCAUCAUUAUCUUGGGAUGGUCAAAAAUUUACGGGAUCUAUUCAAUUUACGGACUCUAAAUACGAUCAAUGGCAUGUGGGGAUAAUGAAAAAACAUAGCAAAAAAUUUAAAAAUCCAACUAAAGAACAAUGUGAGAAACGUGAAAAGGAAAGAAUGGAACUUCGCAAAUGCGUUAGUAGUUUUCAGGAUGUGAUUGAUCAUGUGAGACCGUAUCGCAGGCCAUAUCACCGGGACAAGGGAUUGGCCGUCUUUACCAGCGGAGGUGAUUCUCAAGGCAUGAAUGCCGCCGUACGAGCCUGCGUGCGUAUGGCCAUCUAUUUGGGAUGCAAGGUUUAUUUCAUUCGCGAGGGCUACCAGGGCAUGGUUGAUGGCGGUGAUUGCAUUCAGGAGGCAUCCUGGGCAUCAGUGUCCUCGAUCAUUCAUCGCGGUGGCACAAUCAUUGGUUCGGCCCGUUGUCAAGAUUUCCGUGAACGUGCCGGCCGCUUGAAGGCAGCCAAUAAUCUGAUUCAACGUGGUAUUACCAAUUUGGUGGUCAUCGGUGGUGAUGGUUCCCUCACUGGUGCCAAUUUGUUCCGUCAGGAGUGGUCCAGUCUGCUGGAGGAGCUCGUCAAGAAUAGUACCAUUACUCCCGAGCAGCAGGAGAAGUUCAAUGUGUUGCAUAUUGUUGGUUUGGUUGGCUCCAUUGACAACGAUUUCUGUGGCACGGACAUGACCAUUGGCACGGAUACGGCUCUGCAUCGUAUCAUCGAGGCCAUUGAUGCCAUUUCGAGUACGGCGUAUUCACAUCAACGUACAUUCAUUAUGGAGGUUAUGGGUCGUCAUUGUGGUUAUUUAGCACUUGUGGGUGGCCUGGCUGGCGAAGCUGAUUUUAUAUUCAUACCCGAAAUGCCACCAAAAGUUGAUUGGCCAGAUAGGCUAUGCAAUCAAUUAGCUCAGGAACGUAAAGCUGGUCAACGUUUGAAUAUUGUGAUUGUGGCCGAGGGUGCCAUGGAUCGUGAGGGUAAUCCCAUUACUGCCGAGGAUGUGAAGAAGGUCAUCGAUGACCGUCUGCAUCAUGAUGCCCGUGUCACUGUCUUGGGUCAUGUGCAACGUGGUGGCAAUCCCAGCGCCUUUGAUCGUAUUUUGGCCUGUCGUAUGGGUGCCGAAGCCACUUUGGCUUUGAUGGAGGCCACCAAGGAUUCGGUGCCAGUUGUUAUCUCAUUGGAUGGCAAUCAGGCGGUGCGUGUCCCCUUGAUGGAGUGUGUUGAACGCACUCAGGCCGUGGCCAAGGCCAUGAAAGAGCGCCGCUGGGCGGAUGCUGUUAAAUUGCGUGGCCGUUCAUUUGAAAGGAAUCUGGAGACAUACAAAAUGUUGACACGCUUGAAGCCACCCAAGGAGUGCUUCGAUGCCGAUGGCAAGGGCAUUGAAGGCUAUAGGCUAGCCGUGAUGCAUAUUGGUGCCCCAGCUUGUGGCAUGAAUGCAGCUGUCAGGAGUUUUGUACGCAAUGCCAUUUAUCGUGGUGAUGUUGUCUAUGGUGUUAGCGAUGGUGUCGAAGGUUUGAUUGCUGGAAAUGUUAGAGAAUUGGGAUGGUCCGAUGUGUCCGGUUGGGUUGGCCAGGGUGGCGCCUUUUUGGGCACCAAACGUACCCUGCCCGAGGGCAAAUUCAAGGAAAUUGCCGCACGCCUUAAGGAGUUCAAAAUCCAGGGUCUUCUCAUUAUUGGCGGCUUUGAGAGUUAUCAUGCCGCUGGACAGAUAUCCGAUCAGCGUGAUAAUUAUCCCGAAUUCUGUAUUCCCAUUGUUGUGGUUCCCUCAACCAUUUCGAAUAAUGUGCCUGGCACUGAAUUCUCCUUGGGUUGCGAUACCGGCUUGAACGAGAUCACCGAGAUUUGUGAUCGUAUUCGUCAAUCGGCCCAGGGUACCAAGCGUCGUGUCUUUGUCAUUGAGACAAUGGGUGGCUAUUGCGGCUAUUUGGCCACUUUGGCUGGCCUGGCUGGUGGCGCUGAUGCUGCUUACAUUUUUGAAGAGAAAUUCUCCAUUAAGGAUCUGCAACAGGAUGUCUAUCACAUGGCCUCCAAGAUGGCUGAGGGUGUCUCGCGUGGUUUGAUCCUGCGCAAUGAGAAGGCCAGCGAGAAUUAUACAACAGAUUUCAUCUAUCGUCUGUAUUCGGAAGAGGGCAAAGGUCUCUUCACCUGCCGCAUGAACAUUUUGGGCCAUAUGCAACAGGGCGGCUCACCCACUCCCUUCGAUCGUAAUAUGGGCACUAAGAUGGCCGCCAAAUGCGUGGACUGGUUGGCCACUCAAAUCAAGGCCAAUAUCGAUGCCAAUGGUGUGGUCAAUUGCAAGUCACCCGAAACAGCCACCUUGCUGGGCAUUGUAUCCCGCCAAUAUCGUUUUAGCCCACUGGUGGAUCUCAUUGCCGAGACAAACUUUGAUCAACGCAUCCCCAAAAAGCAAUGGUGGUUGCGUCUCCGCCCUCUUCUUAGAAUUCUGGCCAAGCACGAUUCGGCCUAUGAGGAGGAAGGCAUGUACAUCACCGUGGAGGAGGAAUGCGCCACUGAUGCUGUAGCCUAAGCAUGAAUUCCGCAGCACCAUUCAGAGAUAUAGUACAGAGAUAUUACCUACCCCCCUACUACUAUAUAUAAUGCCCAGGCACAUCAUCAUCAAUUAGUCGUCAUCCUCUUAUCCUUCUUAAAGAUCAAUCUCAAAAUGUUUGUUUGACGAUGACACCAACUAUCAAACAACUAUCCACCCCAGUUAGAAAUGAAUUUGUAUUCAAUUAAUGCGUUUUUCUUUUCCUUUUCUAUAAUAUGUUUAUUUAUAAAAUACAUUUUCAAGAACCCCCUGAAAAAACAAAAAAAUAUGAAACGAAUAACCAUGUCAUCAUUUAAGAGUCUUAAGUAUUUCCAUACAUAUUUAUUUUUAGUUUACAAUGAAAAUAUUUUUGCAAUAUUUUAUUUCUUUCAUGUUAUCAUACAAGUAAAUUGUUGUUGCUAUAUAGUUAAACAUAUAUAUAAAAAUAUCUAUCCUAAAUUAUAUUGAAUGUUACAAAAAUCAAAUAUAGACAGAUGGAAUAGGCAAA